AAGCCAUAGACCUAAAGAACGUUAAUAUUUAUCAAUCAUGAGAAGCCAUGACUUGACAGAACAAAAGGAUACACUUCCGGCCGAUUCUAAUGAAGAUCCUCCUAUAAAUGAAGGCGCAUCUACAUCAAAGGAUGUUCCAAGUGGAACAGCUCGUAAAGGUCAGUCUAAGGCUGACAGCCACAUCAGCACUUAUAGCAUGUCCAGAAGACUUACGAGACGACAGGCGAGUAUGCUCGAGUCUAUGAGUGUGGAAGAUGAAAUUGGUAAUAUGCCUAUUAUGGAAGAAAUUGAUCCAGUGCAACUUUUGGAUAAACCCGAAUUUAAAGGUAAGCAAGAUCCAGAUGAAGCAAAAGUUUACGAACGUUCCCCGUCUACUGGUUCCGAAACAUCGAGGCAAACCAGAGCCAGUUCAGUUCUUUCCCAACAUUUGGUUGGAGUAACUACAGCAAAGCCAACUAGAGCUGAAAAAGCUUCAACUUCAGGUGUUAAAUCCAAGAAAACACCAAUCGAUUUCGCAGCACCGAAAAGAUCUGAUGAUAUGGCCGAACUGGAGCAAAAUACUCUGAAAAAGGCUGGUUUACGUACGAGAAGUAGGACAAAUUCAGUGUCAUCCAUACAAUCUGACAACU